AGGUGACAUGUGACAGAGGAGCUGCACACUUGGAGACACUUGGAGACACUUGGAGACACUUGGAGACACUUGGAGACACUUGGAGACACUUGGAGACACUUGGAGACACUUGGAGACAACCCUACAGAGUACAUUAAGUGUGACUGGUUGUUAAAAACAGUAGACAGUUAACAAAGUAAAGAUGUCGGCCGGGGUUCUACCCUUCCUCAGGGCUAUAGACUUCACUAAGAAUAACUUCAAGGAUGAUUUUCCAGCGGCAGUGGCGAACAUGACGUCCCUAACUUGGCUUCGAGCCAACAAAACUCACCUGUCUGAUGUACCUGACAGUCUGUGUAAACUUAAUAAGUUGGAGGAUCUUAUUCUGAGCAGGAAUGAGAUUAAGGAACUGCCACAAGAGAUCACUGAGAUGGCAGGACUUCGGUCCCUGAACCUUCGACACAACAAGCUCCAAAAGGAAGGAAUCCCAUACUCUCUGUUUGACCUGGAAGAAUUGACCACACUGGAUUUCUCCCAUAAUAAUCUAGACAGUUGCCCUGAGAAUCUACACAGAGCUAAGGCUCUACUGGUGCUCAACGUCGCUCACAAUAGAAUAAAAGAAGUUCCCCCGAGCCUGUUUACUCAACUCAAGUACAUGCAGCACUUAGACCUUUCUAACAAUCUCAUUGAGUACAUUCCUCCACAAAUCAGAAGAUUACAACAGUUAAAAUCUCUGAAUAUUUCAUACAACCCUCUUCAACACGAUCAGUUCAGGUCUCUCUCCGGAUUAACUCAACUGGAAUCUCUUAACAUAGCUCAUACCCAGAGAGGGAUCAACAAUAUACCAUCGGAGUUUGAUAAGCUUGCAAGUUUGACCGAGAUAGAUCUAUCCUACAACAAACUGACCCGCGUACCCGAACCAGUAUAUCGGCUGGAGAAUCUGAAACGAGCCAACUUUAGUCACAACGAAAUCAGUGAAAUGUCCUCGCUUACUGAAUGUUGGACUGAACUAAUAACUCUCAACUUAACUGAAAACAAGCUGAAAGACAUUCCAGCAUGUAUCUGUAAACUGACGAAGUUAAAAAGGCUAUAUCUUAAUGGUAAUCAGAUCACGUUUGAAGGAGUACCCUCCCUGAUUGGAAAACUUCAAAACCUGGAAGUGUUCAUGGCAGCUCGCAACCUCCUGACUUGCAUUCCUGACAGUUUAUGUAAAUGUAAUAGUCUCAAGCAGAUGAACCUGAGUGGGAAUCAGUUGGUGGCUCUUCCAGCCAGCAUCUGGGAACUUAAACAACUCAAGAACCUGAAUACAGACGAUAACCCAAGUCUGGUCAUGCCGGAUAAACCUCCGCCGGAAGUCAAGGGAAGUGGAGCUGAGUUUUAUAAUGUGGACUUUUCUCUCUACAACCAACGAAAAGUUGCCGGACUUAAACCUUCAGCCGAGACAAUGCCUCAGAAAGAUAAAGAGGCAGAAAGGAAGAAACUCCGUGCUAGACUGAGAAUAAAACAAGCUCAACUUAAAGGAGAGGAAGAGGGUAGCAGUAAAGACAGCAGUAAAUUCCUCAAGGGUAUGUCUGAGUAUAAGGAGGACUCGGGAAGCGUGUCAACCUACCUUUCUUCACGAGCCAGACUUAACAAGAAUGAGAAUGAGGACGAGGAGAGAAAGCUGAUAAAACACAAGAAGUGGACGGAUGCUCUGACGAAACCAGCGCUGGAUUACUCGGAACUGUUCCCUGAAGUUGUAAACGGUUCAGUUGGACAGGAGGAAGGUCUGUAUAUGUGGAGGAUAGAUAACUUCCUGCCUUUGCUGCUAGAUGAUGCUGUCGGGCGAUUCUACGAGACUGACUGCUACAUUAUCCUUCAUGCGAAUCAGAGGGACAAUCUGCCCGGUCUACAGUACAACAUCCACUUUUGGAUUGGAGCCAAAUGCGAGAUAGACAAGAAAGCCUGCGCUGCAAUCCACGCUGUGCACUUGCGAAACAUGCUCGGUUGUGAUAAUAGGACGACAAGAGAAGAGCAAGGUGACGAAUCAGACGAGUUUAUACUAUAUUUUGACGGUGAUAUAGAGGUGUUAGAAGGUGGUAGUGAAAGUGGUUUCUUCCAAGUAGAGGAGACUAUUUACGUUAAGAGAUUAUACAAGUGUCACGGUCAGAACAACGUGCUUCUCGAGCCAGUAGAGAUACACGUAGACUCCAUAGAUCACAGACACUCCUACCUGCUGGAUGAUGGUAUGGAUAUUGUAGUGUGGUUUGGGAAACUCAGCAAACUCACCCAGCAGAAGAAAGCAACCCUCUUUGCGGAGAAGAUCAACAAAUUAGAGAGGAAGAACAAGGCUAAGAUAACUGUUAUUACAAAGUACGAAUCAGAGAAGCAGCAGCUUUUCUUCAGCAUGCUGGAGGGAGACGCUUCAGUUAUAUCUGAACCUGCUGGCGAGAAAGUUGAGGACUACGAUGACGCUUACUCUGUUCCUACUCCUAAACUUUACGAGGUUCACCUAGGAGUUGGUUACCUAGAACUACCUCAACUGGAGUUUUCAGUGAACCGCCCAAUGACGCAGCAGAUGUUAAGGACACAGAGGGUUUAUCUUCUUGACUCCUUCACUGACGUAUUUGUGUGGGUCGGAGCUCAUAGUGAUAGGUUGUUACGCGCUGCUGCCGCUAAACUCAGCAUAGAGAUACUGAAGAUGAUCAAGCGACCUGCUACUGCUAUUGUCAACACUUGCUUCGAAGGUGUAGAAAGUGCUAUGUUCAGGUCGUUCUUCCACAAGUGGGACGAUAUCGUAGCAGUCGACUUCACACGUGCGGCCGACAAAGUCAUUGCAGCUGCCAACACAGUUGAAACUUUGAAAGUGGCGGACGGAAAGGGUGAAAUGAAAGUUGAUCUAACGGCGUUGUUCAUCAAGAGAGAACCACCCAUGUCACAGACUGACUGUACCGACUACAGGGAGCAGUGGAAAGAGAACCUCGAAACUAUGAGUUGUUUCGUGAUGGAGGGUAAGAACUACACCCGCCUCCCCGCCGGAGAACAAGGCCACUUUUACACGGAGAACUGCUACAUAUUCCUCUGUACUUACUGGAUGUUCAUAUCCGACUUCAACGAUGAUCUGUUAGAACAGUACGUGAUUCUCCAGAAGAAAACGUCGUCCGGUAAAAAGAAGACUACUGAGGAAGGAGAGAAUGGAGGAGAAGAAGGAGGGUCCGAGGAAGAGGAGGAGGAAGAGGAAGAGGCGCUGGUGUGCCGGGUGUACUUCUGGCAGGGCCGGGACGCCAGUAAAGUGUGCUGGCCCCAGUAUUCCCUCAGUUCGUUCCGUUCAAAGAUCCGAGAAAAGAUAGGAAUAAAGAUGCCAGUUGAAGACGAACGUUGUUAUCAACAGCAGGAGAAUAUGAAGUUUCUAUCUUACUUCAACGGUCAAUUCAUGAUUCACAAAGGAAAAAGACCAGCAAACAACGACCCAGAGUCUCCCCAUCCUCGACCUCGACUGUACCAGGUCCGACAGAACGGUAAUAUCCUGGCUCAACGGUGUGUGGAGAUUGGGUGUUCUUCUCUCCUGCUCAACUCAGGUUUCUGUUACAUGCUGAAAGUUCCAGCUGAAAAGGAUGGUGAAAUGUGCUUUAUCCUCUACGUGUGGAUAGGUAGUAGGAGCUCGGAGGAACUCAUGAACGCUUCUAUUGAGAUAGGCAAAGAGGCAUUCGAUGAUGUGGACACAGUUUCAGUUCUGUAUGAAGGUACAAACGAGCCCGAUAUAUUCUGGUCGGCACUAGGAGGAAGAAGGCAGUACGACACUAAUGCUGACUGGAUGGCUCUUAUCAGACUCUUCAGGUGCUCCAAUGAGAGAGGAUACUUUGCAGUGUCGGAGAAAUGUUCUGAUUUCUGUCAAGAUGAUUUGUCGGACGAAGAUGUGAUGAUUCUAGACAGCGGAACUGACGUGUUUGUUUGGAUAGGAGAGGAGAGUAGUGACGUAGAGAGAAAACUUGCUCUCAAAUCAGCUCAGCUUUACCAGCAGCACAUCCAGGACCUCUCAGGGGAGGCUAGAAAACUCUCAAUCGUAAGAAGAGGAAAAGAAAACUUGAAGUUCAUAAAAUUGUUCCACGGGUGGGGUCCAUUCAGAGCCCGAACUAAAACCUCUAGUUAAACUGAAACGAGAAGAGUUACGAUAGUGACAAAAACUAGAGGACGAAAGUAAAAACUCCAAUGGCACUGAAAGAAAUGAUCAUUUUGAUAAGAUUAUGGGACACUGAAUUAUGGAUUGUGGAAGCGGAUAGAAUGUUAUGAAGAUCUACAGAUUAACAUAAUAUUACUUGCUCGGACUUCAUUUUAUUUUUGAUAAGACAUAACACGUUUCUAAACCCCACUUAAUUGAUAAAAUGAAUAAUCGAACCUUCAGCUAACAAUGCUGUAAACGAGCAUAUUUUAUUCUUAACAAUGUUAUUAGCAUGAUGACCGUAUUUGUUGUUUUAUGUUCUCAGGGUUUCAAAAGUUUAAGCUACCGAUUUACAUUUCGCGUUCACAUUUCUUUAAUACGAUUUAAUACGUUUGAAUAUUGAUGCAAUUGUAAAUAUAACUGACCUUACGUGAUUUGAUUAACGUAUUGUAUAAUCCGAAAUCUGAUCUCCCUUUUAGAGACACCAAACUACUCGAAACUCGCUAGAAAGAGUGCUGAGUGUCCAAUUCUGACUUCUGGGUUUAGAUGGGUAUAAAUUAUUACGCAUAUUACUCAUACUCACAGUUAUUACAUUUUGUCGUGGGAGUAUAGUAGAUAAUUUCUAUCUUUAUCUUUCUACUUACCCUUUAAGAAUUAGAUAAAGAAGUUUUGUAGCACUUUUAAAUCAAGUCGGAUACUUUACUAAUGUCAUCAUUAUUGUAAAUGAUUUUUAUCCCCUAAAUUUUGACAAAAAUUUUGAA